AUGCCUCCAGCACGCCAACCGCAGCCUCAGUUCAACAAGGACGAAAAGGUUCUCUGCUUUCACAUGGACAUGCUGUACGAGGCCAAAAUCAUGGAUGUUCAACCAUUCGAGAAGCCAGCCGAGGGCUUCCGUUACAAAGUCCACUACAAGGGCUGGAAAAACACGUGGGAUGACUGGGUCACCGUCGAUCGCAUCCGCCCCCUCGACGACGAGCACAAGGAAUUAGCCUUGCAGCUCCAUGCCCAGCUGCGAAGCAACAUGCAGAAAAGCAACAGGGUUCCCAAGAGGACAGUCAAGCCUGGCACCACAGACUCCGCGCGCGGCAGUGAGGAGCGCUCGUCUUCGGCUGCUCAAGGGGUUCGGGGGGGGCGCAGGGGCAAAGACUGGGACCUCGAGCAGAAAAUGGAGAAAGUUCCCAAGAUGAAGCCCAUUGCUCGGCCUGUUCCUUACACGCCCCAUGACUUUCCAAUGUCCGACGUUGGUCGCAACCCACACCUGGCCGAUCUUGAUGCGAAGUUUGAAGAGAGCACCUCCGUCCAACAAACAGCAAUGGACGUGGCCGGUGAAGCAUCCAGCGCAGUGCCACCCAAGGUGCUGUCUGCGAAAGCCAAGGCCAAGCAGUAUGCGCGAUGGGAAGAGGAUGCCUUCCACGCCAAACCUAUGAUCAAUAUUGUGGUCCCCGACCAUCUCCAGGCGCUACUCGUUGAUGAUUGGGAGAACAUUACCAAGAAUAAUCAGCUUGUGCCUCUUCCCCACAAGCGCUCUGUCCGCAACAUUCUUGAUGCGUACAUUGACUACGAGAGCCCGGCGCGUCCACCAGGUACAGCCAGCCACGACAUCCUCCUGGAGGUGAUCGCCGGGUUCCAAGAAUAUUUCCAAAAGGCUCUGGGUCGCAUUCUCCUCUAUCGUUUUGAACGUCAUCAGUACUUGGAGGUGCGCAAGCUGUGGGAGAAAUCAGACGAUGAGCAGUAUAAGUCACCUGCGGACGUCUACGGCGCCGAACAUCUUGCUCGUCUGAUCGUUUCUCUGCCCGAACUUCUUGCCCAAACCAACAUGGAUCAACAGUCUGUCUCGCGCCUUAGGGAGGAGAUUUCCAAGUUCACCAAUUGGUUCAGCAAGAACAGCGAAACCUACUUUGUCAAUGAGUAUGAGACGCCCUCUUCUGAGUACAUUGACAAGGCGCGCAGCUUUUAG